CCAUAUGGGGAAAGCAGCUUGUAUCUUUCUUCUCUUCCCUUUCUCUUCCUUGGUAGUAGCCCUAGCAGCGCAAUGUGGGAGUCAAGCCGGUGGUGCCCUAUGUCCGGGUGGUCUUUGUUGUAGCCAGUAUGGUUGGUGUGGUAGCACCAUUGACUACUGUGGAGCUGAUUGUCAAAGCCAAUGUUCCGGUGGCGGCGGCGGCGGUGGUGAUAUUAGUUCUCUCAUCAGUCAAUCCCUUUUUGAUCAAAUGCUUCUACAUCGAAAUGAUGCAGCUUGUCCUGGUAAUGGGUUUUACACCUACAAUGGUUUCAUUGCCGCCGCAAACUCCUUUUCCGGCUUUGCAACCACCGGCGAUGUUGAUACCCGUAAGAGGGAGAUUGCUGCUUUUUUGGGUCAAACUUCCCAUGAAACUACAGGGGGAUGGGCAACUGCACCUGAUGGCCCAUAUGCUUGGGGAUAUUGUUUUCUCAGGGAGCAAGGCAAUCCACCAUCCUAUUGUGUAGCUAGUGGUCAAUGGCCGUGUGCUGCCGGCCAAAGUUAUUAUGGGCGUGGACCCAUCCAGAUUUCUUACAACUACAACUACGGCCAAGCAGGACAAGCCAUAGGGGUGGACCUCAUCAACAAUCCAGACCUUGUUGCAACUGAUCCAACCAUUUCAUUCAAGACAGCAUUGUGGUUCUGGAUGACACCCCAAUCUCCAAAACCUUCAUGCCAUGAUGUUAUCACCGGCGUGUGGACGCCAAGCGGUGCCGACACGGCCGCGGGCCGUCUCAACGGCUAUGGAACCGUUACCAAUAUCAUCAAUGGAGGACUUGAAUGUGGAAGAGGUUAUGAUGCUAGGGUGGCUGAUCGUAUAGGAUUUUAUAAGAGGUACUGUGACAUAUUGGGAGUUAGCUAUGGUAACAACCUUGACUGCUAUAGCCAAGGGUCUUUUGCUGUUACUCAUUCUGCAUCUUAAUCCUUCACCUAAGUAUGAUCAAGGCACUAAUCCUUCUUUUAAGCUAGCCAUUGUCUUUUUGUUGGACAACAAGAUAAUAUAAUAAAAUUUCUAUGGGUUUGAGUUUUUUUCUUACAAAGAAGUCAAGGGGUCCUGUUUCAGUGAACUGAGGGGU